AUGGAAAAGUCAGAAAGUAAGGCAGGUCAGAAAGCCCCUAAGCCUCAAGGCUUCAAGGGAUGCAAAUUCGGCAACUCCUCCCCGGCGAAGCCGGCUCAAUAUUGUGGCAAGCUCAGGGGGAAAGAAAAAGAAAUAGGAUCAAACGUUUCGCCCGAGAGCCGGCAAGCCAAGAAUGGCGGUCCGCGUGAGAACGAUUUUCAAGUCGCCUUGAAGGAUUUGACCGAGCCAUUAGGAUACGCCGUCGUUUCGCCGUGA